GUGUCACCACCCCGGAAGUGCUCCGUGCGCAGCGUCGCCAUGGGGAACGGCUGGGGAUCUAAGAUGGCUGCCGUGGGCCGGGGCGUCCGGAUUCUGAAACCAUAUCAACGAUUAAUUCAAUUCCCAGACAGAAAGGCUGCCCCUAAACCUAAUGUGCGUGAAGCUCUCAAAUCGAUGUCUAUAUCAAUCCAGGGACAUCAGCCAACAACAACAGCAACAAGUUCAGUUUCUUCAGCCAGUGUCCCCGUUAGCAAAUUGUCUGGCACACGUGACACUAUCGAAAUAAUAAGAGCUCUGCCGCAGAAAUACAGAAGAUUACCCAUUUCACAAGAAGAAAUGGAGUACAUUCAGCGUGGUGGACCCGAGUAGGAUCCAAUGGCUCGUUUCUCUCAUCCAUCAGUGACCAUACGGUGAUUUGUUCAUUUCUAAGUGGCAGACACUCUGUGUUACACCGUUUUUGUAAGGACUUUAAACAACUGCACUGACGACAAGUCCUUAGAAUGAAUGUACAUCCAUGAAUGUUCAAUAAACGCUGAAGAGUUGUCACAAUUUAUAAAAGUAGAAAUAUCCUGAUGUUUUCCCCAAAUUGCGUUCAGUAAAUUUCAUAAGAACGGUUUGGUGAAAUUAAAAAUCUUUUACACUGUUCUGUUCAGUAAAAUUCACUAACCAAAUUAUUUUGGGCAUAAAUAUCUUCCAGCCUAUAAUUUGAUUUUGUUGAAUUUAACUGCAUUUUAAUUGCCAGGUCUCAAAUAUAAGUGGUCUCAAAACAUAGAUGGGACAGCCCUACUUUUCAGACAUUUUAAUAUAACUCCAUCCAAUUGUUUUUACAACUUGGGUGGGGAAUUUGGAAUGCAUUUUUCAAUAACUUGUGUGUAUCAUGAUGGAUCUAAAAAAAAAAAAUGCUAUUGACUCCACUAAUUUAAAAGCCCAAGGAAAUAUUUACUU